UUCGGCACCGCCGCCGCGUCAUCGUAGAAAAAUUCACUUUCCUCUUAAUAGGGCCGGCCGUAAUUUUAAAAUAUAUGUAGUUUUAAAAUACAAAUAUGCAAGUUUAAAGAUUUGUUCUCAAUUUUAUUAAUGUACAUUAUUUAAUAUAAUUAUUUAAAUAUAUUAAUAAUUAAUAAAUAAUUUAACAUUAUAUGGUGUAAAAAAUGUGUGCAUUUUUACGCACAUAGUAUGUGGUCUUAUUGAGAGGGUCAUGUUUGAAAUGUAAGUUCGAAUAGAAAGGUGGUAUAGUGGAGGAUCGCGAUCAAAUGCAAAAGCGAGGAAGCGGGCUUAUUCAAGGAGUCCUAUUGGGAAGUUGCACUGUAUAAAUUAACGUAUCCGUCAUUUUUCAUAUGGCAGCAAAUUUACAUUUUAACGAAGAAAUCAAAGUUUCUACGGCAGCAAACAUUGAAGCUAUUGCUACCAUCUUAAAGCUUGCAAAACACAUGAUAAAUUUAAAGUCAUUUAUUCACGUGUCAACCGUAUAUGCGAAUUGCUAUGUGGACCAUAUUGAAGAACGAUUUUACUCAUAUCCUAUUAAUCACAAAAAUCUUAUUACGUUUACACGUAAUUUACCUGAAAAUAUAAUCAAGGAAAAGAUAUCUAGAAUUGUAUCACAAUGGCCGAAUACUUAUACAUUCACAAAAGCAAUGGCGGAAGGAUUUCUCAGAUACGAAAGCGGAGAUUUACCAGUUGGAAUAUUUCGGCCUGGCAUAGUUUUAUCUAGUGCCAGUGAGCCACUCGUUGGAUGGAUCGACAAUAAGUAUGGACCAGUUGGCUUGUUCAUGUCUUCACUAUUUGGAUUAGCAAGAUUUCAACGUUGUGAUUCUAGUACCAAGGCAAAUCUAGUGCCAGUCGAUUUCACCGCAAAUGCAUUAAUUGUUAGUGCUUGGGACGUCCAUAAUCAAUCAAGGAAAGGCAGAGAUAUGUUAAUUUAUAAUUUCGUAUCACCAAUUGAUGGGCCUACUUGGAAUGACUAUAAAAACUCAUUUCUCGACAUGAGUAAAACAUAUCCUUUGAGAAAUGCCAUAUACAUACCAAUAAUAAUUUUCUUACGAUAUAAAGCAUUCUAUAAAAUUUGUAUUUGGCUCGGUCACUUUCUUCCAGCAUUACUUAUGGAUAUUGCAAGCAUCUGUAUAAAUCGUAGUCCGAGUAUGUGCAAGUUGUAUAUAAAGAUCGACAAAUUUUCCAAAGCAAUCGAACCUUUUUGUAAUAAAGAGUGGACUUAUUCUACUGACAAUGUUCAUGCAAUGUGGGAUCGUCUCAAUAAAAUGGAUCAACAAUUAUUUAAGUUUAACAUGAUAGAAUUUAACUGGACAAAAUAUUUUAUUGAUCAUUAUCAGGGCUUACGCCUCUACUUAGUCAAGGAUGAUGAGAAUACUUUAGAAAUCAGCCGUAUUAAAUAUAAAAGAUUUUAUUGGAUACACCAAAUGAUAAAAGUUGUAUUUGUUUUUGCUGUCUUUUGGAUUAUAUUAAUUAUAUUUAAGAAAUUGUUUAUAUAAUGUUAACAUUAAGAUAUUUAUUAUCUUAUCACCUUGUUUUACAUUUGCUUCAUGACACAUGCAAUACAUUUAUCAUCUAUGCAUUCUCUUUUUUUUCUGCAAUUGCCAUAAUUUAAUAAAAUAGUAAAAUAAUAAGUUUGCUAUUAGAUUAAUAUAUGAAUAACAUAGAAAAUCAGCUUUUGUUUAAAGUAGAUUUUGAUAUUUAAUCUCUUGCAGACUAACUUAGAUCUUAUCGACGAUUUUUUAAUUCUAAAUUAUUAGAAGGAUGUUAUAUAAAAAAGA